GCGGCAGCGGCAACUGCUGUCCAGGAGGCCCGGGCCCUGGAGACGAUGCGCCCCGCGGAGCCGCCUGGGCCUGCGGGAGCAAGCUGCACCUGAGAUGGAGUUCCUGCCCCUGUGGCUUUGCCUGGGUUUUCACUUCUUGAUUGUGGAAUGGAGGAGCGGACGUGGGGCAGCUACUGCAGCUUCCCAAGGAGGCUGCAAGGUGGUCGACCGAGUCGCUGACUGCCGCAAUCUGAACCUUGCUUCAGUACCCAGCGGUCUCCCGGCCCAUUCCCGGAUGCUCGUUCUGGAUGCCAACCCUCUCAGGGUUCUGUGGAAUCAUUCCCUCCAGGCCUACCCACGCCUGGAGGACCUCAGCCUGCACAGCUGUCACCUGGACCGUAUCAGCCACCGGGCCUUCCAAGAGCAAGGCCACUUACGAACCCUGGUUCUGGCAGACAACCGCCUCUCCGAGAACUACAAGGAGUCGGCCACAGCUCUCCACACCCUGCUGCGACUUCGGAGACUGGACUUGUCUGGAAACUCCCUGACGGAAGACAUGGCGGGUCUCAUGCUUCAGAACCUCUCCUCAUUGGAGGUCGUGUCCUUGGCAAGGAAUACCCUCAUGAGGCUCGACGACUCUGUCUUCGAGGGCCUGGAGCGCCUCGUGGAGCUGGAUUUGCAGAGAAACUACAUCUUUGAGAUCGAGGGCGGCGCGUUUGACGGCUUGACUGAGCUGAGGCGUCUCAACCUGGCCUACAACAACCUCCCCUGCAUCGUGGACUUCAGCCUCACACAGCUGCGGUUCCUCAACGUCAGUUACAACGUCCUGGAGUGGUUCCUGGCAGCCAGGGAGGAGGCGGCCUUCGAACUGGAGGUGCUGGACCUGUCUCACAACCAGCUGCUCUUCUUCCCGCUCCUGCCUCAGUGCGGCAAGCUGCACACGCUCCUGCUGCAGGACAACAGCAUGGGCUUCUACAGGGAGCUUUACAACACCUCCUCCCCACAGGAGAUGGUGGCCCAGUUCCUUCUCGUGGAUGGUAACGUUACUAAUAUCACAACCGUCAGCCUCUGGGAGGAGUUCUCCUCCAGCGACCUGUCAGCGCUUCGCUUCCUGGACAUGAGCCAAAACCAGUUCCGGCACCUGCCGGAUGGUUUCCUGAAGAAAACGCCUUCCCUUUCCCACCUGAACCUCAACCAAAAUUGCCUGACGAAGCUCCACAUUCGGGAGCACGAGCCGCCGGGAGCGCUCACUGAGCUGGAUCUGAGCGGCAACCAGCUAGCAGAGCUGCACUUGGCCCCGGGGCUCACUGGCUCCCUCAAGAACCUCAGAGUGUUCAACCUGAGCUCCAACCAGCUCCUGGGAGUCCCCACUGGCCUUUUCCACAGCGCCAGCAGCAUCACUACACUUGACAUGAGUCACAAUCAGAUCUCACUUUGUCCCCAGACGGUGCCCUUAGACUGGGAGGAGCCCUCCAGUUGUGUGGAUUUCAGAAACAUGGCCUCUCUGAGGAGCCUUUCUCUGGAUGGCUGUGGGCUGAAGGCAUUACAAGACUGCCCAUUCCAGGGGACCUCCCUCACUCAUUUAGACCUGUCUAGCAACUGGGGGAUUCUGAAUGGGAGCGUCAGCCCUCUCUCGGCUGUUGCCCCUACAUUACAGGUCCUGUCUCUCAGGAACGUGGGCCUUGGUUCUGGCGCUGCAGAGAUGGACUUCUCUGGGUUUGGGAAUCUGAGGGAGUUGGAUCUGUCAGGAAAUUCCCUGACCAGCUUCCCCAAGUUCAAGGGCAGUUCGGCCCUGCAGACUCUCGACCUCCGCAGAAACUCUCUCACAGCCCUACCUCAGAGGGUUGUGUCGGAGCAGCCUCUGAGGGGUCUACAGACCAUCUACCUCAGCCAGAACCCUUAUGACUGCUGUGGGGUGGAGGGAUGGGGUGCCCUGCAGCACCUCAAGACUAUUGCGGACCUGUCCAUGGUCACUUGCAACCUCUCUUCCAAGAUCAUUCGUGUGGUAGAGUUACCAGAGGGCAUGCCUCAGGACUGUAAGUGGGGGCAGGUGGACACUGGUCUAUUCUACCUCGUGCUCAUUCUGCCCAGCUGCCUCACCCUGCUGGUGGCCAGCACCGUCAUCUUCCUCACUUUUAAGAAGCCUUUGCUUCAGGUCAUCAAGAGCCGCUGUCACUGGUCCUCCAUAUACUGACCUGGGUGCCAAGGCUAGAGACUUGGUUUGUCUCUCAAGGAUGCGUCUCUCCACUGGAUCUUCACUUGUUCAGGGGUCAAGUGUGGUGCGUUGAAGGUCAAACUAAAAUUUGAAUGAGUUCCAUCUGCAGUCCCAUUAACUUCUCUCGUCCUUGUGAUUUAUCCUCCUUGUCCUGGUGAAAUAUUUAUUAAAUGACAUUCUGUGAGAAUAAAGAGUGCGUCUUAUAAAUAUUUUAAAAAUCAAA